AUCUUCCGGCGCCGGUUCGUCUCUGCCCGGCUCCCCCGCGGGGAUGCUGCGGCUGGGCUGCGGGCUGGGGCCGCUAGUGUCGCGACGCGGGCUCCGAGCCUCUGCCCGGCUCUCCUUAAGCGCCGAGAUGCCCAAGAAAGCCGGUGCGACGAACAAGGGUAAGAGCCAGAGCAAGGAACCAGAGAGACCACUUCCUCCCUUAGGUCCUGUGGCAGUUGAUCCUAAAGGUUGUGUCACCAUAGCCAUCCAUGCCAAACCCGGGUCCAAACAAAACGCUGUCACAGACGUGACAGCGGAAGCGGUGAGCGUGGCCAUAGCAGCCCCCCCGUCGGAAGGAGAGGCUAAUGCUGAGCUCUGUCGGUACCUUUCCAAGGUCUUGGAGCUCAGGAAGAGUGACGUGGUUUUGGAUAAGGAGCCAAGGACGAGAAGAAUCACUUGGAUUACCCAAGAGCAUAGCCAGUACUAAUGGCAGAACAUGAGUUAUGCUCAGCUGCCUUCUUUUUGAAGCCAUUAUGCCAUAUUGCCCCCCAAAGUGGUUUACUGUACCAGAUCUCAGCUUCAGAACUUUUCCCACUCUUUCCCCAUACAUUCCAGCGUGUGUGCUAGCGGCAUUUUACUUGUGGUUCUUUUGUUUUGUUUUACAUGGAUCACUGUUAGGAUGCUUUCCUUGACAAUUAAUGGAAACCCAGCUCUGUCUGGCUUACACAACAAAGGGAUUUAUUGGCCCACUACCUGGGGAGUCUAGAGGCAGGGCUGGCUUAGGGGUUAGCCUGAUGGAGCAGCUAAGUGAGUUCACAAGGACCCACUUUCUCUCCUUACCUGACUCACUCUAGCUAGCAGGGCCAGCUUCAGCCCUAAGCCCGCUUCCCUCAUGGAGGCAAAAAGGCAACAGGUCUAGGUUUCAGGACCAUAGAUCACCCCCUCCGACAGACAAAGAGGCCACUCACCGAGAAGAGCUCUGAUAUUUUCUAAAAGCUCUAAAGCUUCUUCCUGCUCCUUUGUGUCUAAGGGUUUGGGGGGUGGGGGAGAGAACCGGAGAAUGUAGGUGGCACCUUUGCAGUGUUUAAAGUUCCAAACAGCCAAAAACUCAGACUUCAGGAGGCAGGUUUUUUCUGGGCUAUGAAUUGCUAGCAUACCCCCCACCACCAGGAAUUUGUGGUAAGGGAUUUGGUAAAGUAGUUCCUUUUAACUGUAAUGCAAAAUAUAAGUUCCCAAAACACACUGUGACCCCCACUAUGGAUUUUUAAAAUGCAUGUGAGUAGAGACUAAAAAUUUUAAGAAGCUAGAUUUUCAGUUUACAUCCAAGAGAUGGCACCAUAAUGCAACAGCAGGAAGCCACCGAAACUCUGAAGGGACUGACAAUUCCUUUUGAAGCGAGCAGCACUAGUAGGAGAUGUCUUCCGUAGCGCCUGACUACCAGUGUCACACGCUAAUCCUUCUUGUCUGGUCUUGGAGACAUUACUUAGGCUUAACCCCACAUUCCUCGAGUUCGGUUCCGGCCAGAGUGUGGUGUUAACUGCUCCAUGGUGUAACCUCCUUGGCUAGGUUCUCAGAGGUCCUGGCUCAGUACCUCAGUGGAGUCAGCGUGGCCCCGAGUGUCUCCAUUCUGCAGUUUUCAGAAAUCUCCAGCUUAGCUGGUGUUUUUGAAAAUGGAAUUGGGCUGGAAAAUUGGCGAGGAAUUCAUUUCUAAACACAAUGCCAGUUUACUAAUGUGAGUGAAGAACCUGUACCUGCCAAAUGGACUGUGUAGUGGGGGUCCUCUAGUGAGCACCUUGUGUUACUUUGGGAAAUCUCUUCAAGAAGCCAGUCAUCAUUCGAAGACUGCUUGGAGAGUGUGGGAUCAGAACCAAAGAAAUUAGGGGAUGAGGCAAGGGAGCUCGGACCAUCGAAGAGACUCAUCAUGUCUCAGCCCCUCUCCUGGGACAACACUGGACACUCACACUUCUUCACACAGGAGCUGCCCUUUUCAAGGUUGUGAGAAGACCGCCUACUUCUGCCCAGAUAGGCUUUCCUCUGCCUCUACACUUCAGUUGAUAAGCUUUUCAGCAUUUCGUAAUUCUUUUCUGGCUAUGUGCCACAGGGUCCAUCUAAUCCCUUUGAUACAGAGCUGGGCAGGGGGACCCCAAACUUGGCAGCGUAAUUCACAGGCUCAGUGGUCAUUUCUACAUGAGACGCCGCCAUGAUAGGGUUUUGCUACCACACUGGCCUUCAGGUUGUGUCAGGGCCUUGUGUUUCUCCAGAGACACCCUGGGGGGUUGGAGAACUGGGGCGGAGGGGAGUGAGGCAGGUCAACGGAACUCCAAGCCUUUAGUCCUCUUCCGAAACUGUGCCGUCAGGAUGGCAGCUGCUAGGCACAUGUGCUUACUGAGCACUUGAAAGGUGGCUUACCAGAUUAUUUCUUUUUUAAACAAAAGCAUCAUGGAAAAGAAGGCCUCGUUGGAAACAACAGAGAAGAGGUUGAAAAUAGGGCACAGAAUUUGGAGGGCAGGUUGGAGAAAGGUGAGCAAAGAAAGGAAAAUGACAGAUCUAAAAGUCAGGCAAAGGGAAAUCAACAACAUAAUUGGGGUCCUGAAAACCCAAAAAGUGGAACAGAACAAGGAUUUCAAGAUAUAAUCAAGAAAAUAUUGGGAAAAAAAGGAUUUUAAGGAAUAAAAUGUGCAGCAUCCCAGGGGAAACACUGACAAAGCAUGGCUGACAAGGACAUAAAACCAAGUGAAGUUCUCGGAAUUCAAAAACAACGCCCGUGGCCAUCUAGACAAAAAGUUGAAGCCCUAGGAAGGGAGAGGGGAGACGCAUAUGUACAGUCAUAUGUUGUCACCUGGGAAUGUGAACUGCUACAGUGUUUUGGAAAAUGUGGCACUUAACUAAAAAUAUAGGUGUUUUAACCUAAUAUUCUACGUUGGAGAAUACCUCAUAGAACACACAAAAAUAAAAAUGCCAAGGAGUAUAUGAGCAAAAA